AUGGAGAGUGUCGGCGACAAGGUGAUCAGCAGGGCUCAGAUUACGGGCACGUUCACGGACUCCACCGUGAUCCCCGACAGGUAUGUCCGGUCAGAUGAGGCCAGGGACGGGGUGGUCGUGGGCGACGACGAGAGCUACGAGCUGCCCGUCGUAGACAUGGCGAGGCUGCUUGACCCGGAGUCCUCGGAAGCGGAGGUCGCCAAGCCUGGCUCUGCGUGUCGCGACUGGGGCUUCUUCCAGCUAACAAACCACGGAGUCGACGAAACAAUUGUACAAGAUAUGAAAGAUAAUACUGUGCAGUUCUUUGGCUUGCCGCUGGAGAAGAAGAAAGCAGUGGCCAUCCAAGCAGGUGGCCUCGAAGGGUUUGGACACCACUACAGCAGAGCAUCCUGUGAAAAGUUGGACUGGGCUGAGAGUCUAAUCCUCGUGACGGAGCACAAGGAGCAAAGGAACAUUCGGUUUUGGCCUGCCGAUCCAUCAACAUUUAGGGAUGCACUUGACAAGUACUCAAUGGAGAUGUCAGACCUCACAAGUCGCCUCAUGCCGUUCAUGGCUAGCGACCUCGGAGUCGAGCAGGAGACGCUUGUGGGAACCUUCCAGGGUAAGAAGCAGAGCGUGGCAUUCCACUACUACCCUCAGUGCCGCCACCCAGAGAAGGUGAUCGGCAUCACGCCGCACCACGACGGCCUCGCCCUCACGCUGCUGCUGCACGUCGACGACACCCCCGGCCUGCAGGUGAGGAAAAACGGCACCUGGUACCCGGUGAAGCCGCUGCCAGGCGCCUUGGUCAUCAACGUUGGCGAUAUUCUCCAGAUCCUCACCAAUGGCACGUACAAGAGCGUCGAGCACAGGGUAUUGCCGGACGUUGAGAAGGGCCGGGCCACCGUGGUGAUGUUUCAGCAUGCUUGUGUUGCCGGGAUGGUGAAGCCGCUCCCGGAGCUAGGCGAGGCGGCGUACAGGGCGAUCGAGAAGGUUGAGUACAUCAAGGGGAACUUCAGGGCGCUGGCCGAAGGGACAUGGUUCGUGGAUAGUCUCAAGAUCAAUCAUGGAACCUAG